AUGGCUGACCCCUCGCAACCAUCCGGACCGGGCGGUUUCUUCCCAUCGCAGACUCUCCCUUCACCAGCCCCCAGCAGCUCUUCUGCCCGCUCCAAUGCAGCACUGCCCCAUCCUCGCGCCAAGUCAUUGCGGCCUGGAUCAAGCAAAGAAGAUACAGUGCGUAGAUAUGUGGAAGGACGACUGGCAAUAGUGUCUCGUCGUUAUGUUAAGAAGCACGGCAACGCUGAACCUGGCGAUGAGGUCAUCGGUUACAAGAGCUUCACAGAGUUGUGCAAAGACCUACACAACGUCAUCGAUGUUCUGUGGUUAUCUGGAACCCCGAGCCUACAAAUCCCGUUUCUUCUCAACAUUGCCAGCGACUUUACUCAGUGGAUUACCGCCUUCCCACCCUCUCCAAAAGCAACUUUCUCUGUCCUGACCAAACUGGACCACUGCUUCGCCAGCCUUCUCACCGGGAUGGAUAUUGACACUAAAGAGCCCUUGCCUGGGUUUGAGAAUGGCAUGAGGGCAGGAAUGACCACAACAGAUAUGGUUCGUUGUCGCAGCUCUGUAGAGCAGACCCGGCUUGUCAUUGUAGAAGUCCUUAGUAAGGAGCCAAAUGAGGAUGAUGAGGCGGAAGAAGUAGACACGGAGGCAGAAGUGAUGACGGACACUGAUCCCGAUAACGACGAGACAUUCGGUUCGGCUUGGGACGACGAAGACGACGAAAGGCUUUAUAUGGACGUGGCGCGAGUAUACGAACAUACCAUUGUUCGGCUGGGGGAGAGACUAGGCGACGUCUUCGGUGCAUUGCCACAGGCCACAACCACACCUUCUUUCCCAAAGUUGGAUGGUGGCCAAAGCUGA